GAAAACUUAAAAGGAAGGUGGGAAUGGGAUGACUUGAUCCUAAUUCAACACAACACAACACAAAAUUUCCAACUCCUGCGACAACUACUGCUUACAGGACUUUUCCUUUAUCUACCAUUCAAUUUGAAGGGCUUAUUCGCUCCUUCUCCCAUUACCAAAUUUAGCCUGAAAUUGAACAGACUAAAAUAUGUUUAUUCUGUUUUAGGCAAAUGAGAUUUUCAGUACUCUUUCUUUUCUUAAUUUCCUCUGCAUUUCACAUAAAUGUCAGUUCCGCCCAAAUUGCUGAUGAUUUCCGUAAAAGUUGUGCUAGCAUCGGUAACUUCACCCAUAACGAUAUCUACUAUGCCAACCUAAAUCGUCUCUUCUCCCAACUCUCCUCCGACCAGGAUUUCAAUCAUGGCUUCUAUAGCAUGUCCUUUGGCCAGAGCCCUGACCAGGUCAACGCAAUUGCACUCUGCAGGGGAGACCAAAACGUUGACGUCUGCAGAAGUUGCCUGAACAACACCAUCGAUGCGCUUCGACAAACCUGUCCCAACAAUAAAGGAGCAAUCGGGUGGUCGGAAUUCUGUACCCUACGCUACUCAAACCGACAAAUUUACGGAGUUAUGGAAACCGAUCCUUUUGAUAAACUAUGGAGAGAUGAUAAUUUAUCGACGCCAUCUGAUGCUGAUGCUUUCUACCAGGCUUUGAGUCUCUUGUUGAAAAAUUUAAGCUCCCGUGCGGCUGCCAGGGGUAAUUUCAAGUGUGCACAAGGCAUGUCGACGGUUACUCCUGAGAAAAUUUUCGCCAUUGUGCAGUGUACCCCGGAUCUGUCCCAACAAAAUUGCAGCGCUUGUCUAGAGAAGGCCAUGGCCGAUGAAAAGAUGAGAACUUACUGCUAUAACAAGACCGGAUGCAGAAUUCUGCAACCCAGCUGUAACUUUAGAUAUGAGAUUAACGACCUUGGAGGUUCUGUAGAUGUUAACGUUGAGUCAUCUCCAUCUGCCCCAAGUCCAGAAGCAGUACCUUCUAAAGGAAAAGGAAACAGCACAACUAGAAUAAUCAUCAUUUCCACAGUUGCUUCAGUCCUUGGUAUUCUGUUGCUUGUGCUUUGGGUAUUUUUAAGAAAAAGAAAGGCAGAGGAAACUUUCAAAACUAUUGAGGAAAUGAUAAAGUCCGAGUCUUUGCAAUAUCACUUUGCCACCAUCCGGGCAGCAACUAAUAACUUCAGUGAACAAAAUAAGCUUGGGCAAGGAGGAUUUGGAGUAGUUUACAAGGGUCGCCUUCCAAAUGGACAAGAUGUAGCAGUAAAAAGGCUCUCUAAAAGAUCUAAACAAGGAGAUAAAGAAUUUAAGAACGAAGUUCUCUUAGUAGCCAAGCUGCAACACCGCAAUUUGGUCAGACUCAUUGGUUUUGGCUUAAAAAGAAAGGAAAGACUUCUCAUCUAUGAAUUUGUACCAAAUUCAAGCCUUGAUCAAUUCAUAUUUGAUCAAAUCAAACGUGAGCAAUUGGAUUGGGAAAGGCGUUACAAAAUCAUUCUAGACAUUGCUCGUGGCCUUAAUUACCUUCAUGAGGAAUCUCGUGUUCGAAUUAUUCAUCGCGAUCUUAAAGCAAGUAACAUUUUGUUAGAUGAAGAUAUGAGUGCCAAAAUUGCAGAUUUUGGCACAGCAAGUGGAUACAUGGCUCCAGAAUAUGCAAUGCGUGGGCAAUUCUCAGAAAAAUCAGAUGUUUUUAGUUUUGGUGUGUUAAUGUUGGAAAUUGUUAGUGGUGAGAGAAAUAAUUGGGGUAGAAAUGAGGAGGCACUUCUAAACAAUGCAUGGAAAAAUUGGACUAAAGGGACAGCUUCAAAUCUCAUAGAUCCUAUUUUGAGGAAUGAUUCAAGGACUAAUCAAAUGACUAUCUGCAUCCACCUUGGAUUGCUAUGCGUUCAAGCAAAUGUUGCUGACAGACCAACCAUGGGUUCAGUUGUACACAUACUUACUGGUAACUCAACCACUCUUGAAAGGCCCUCACAACCUCCAUUUCUAUCAUCAGACACGUCAUCCUCAUAGAAAUCAAGGGACGAACCGCUCCUCUCCACAACAAAUGAUUGUUCAAUCAUAGAGCCAUAUCCUCGGUAGUUUUUGGGAAUCAAAGGUAUAUUUACUAGUACUAGCAUAAUAUUUAUAUUGGGAUGUUCAAAAGAAAAUAUUUGUAUUGUU